GGGCGAGAUUGGAUCCAAGAUCACUCUCCUCGUCAACUUUCCCCCCUCCCCAUUUUUCGCCAGGAGCUGGCUCUUCCCCCACUGUAUCUCCCUGUUGUUUGUUCGUCCGCGCCGCUGUGCGGAUCCAUUGCAUGAUGCGGUGGUGUCUUUCCUUCUUCCUCUUCGGCUGUCUGGCCGUCGUGAAUGCGCUCAGUAGUUCCGGGAACCGCCUGUUGGUCGUCUUGGAGGAUGCGUCUGAGAAGAGUCUUUAUUCCACAUUCUGGAGUGAUCUGAAGGCUCGUGGAUAUGACAUUGCGUUCGAAUCUCCCAAGAGUGACAAGCUCUCGCUCUUCGAUCUCGGCGAGAGAGCUUACGACCACCUUCUCCUUCUUCCUCCGAAGUCCAAGGGAUUCGGACCUUCUCUUAGCCCCAAGAACAUCGUCGACUUCCUGAACAAGGACGGCAACGUCCUCCUCACUCUCUCCGGCAAGUCCACCACGCCUAGCGCCAUCAGCUCGCUACUUCUGGAGCUUGAUCUCCAUCUGUCGACCGAUCGCUCCUCUGUUAUUGUCGACCACUUCAACUAUGAUACCCUGUCCGCCUCUGAGAAGCACGAUGUUCUGCUUCUGCAGCGCCCCGGCCAGCUGAGACCCGACACCAAAGCCUACUUUGACGGCGAAGGCGUUCUGGCGUUCCCUAGUGUUGCUCCCCACACUCUCGGCGACAACAUCCUGAUUGCGCCUGUUCUGCGGGCUCCGGUGACCGCCUAUAGCUACAACCCCAAGGAGGAAACGACCGCGGUUGAGGACAUCUCGGCCACCGGCUCCCAGCUCGCCCUGGUCUCGACUCUGCAGACCCGCAGCUCCUCCCGCUUCACCCUGCUCGGCUCCGUCGAGAGUCUCCAGGACAAGUGGUUCUCUGCCACCGUCAAAGCCCCCGGCAGCGGAAAGGAAACCAACACGGUCAACCAGGACUUCGCCAAGCAGCUGACUGCCUGGACCUUCAAAGAGUAUGGAGUCCUGAAGGUCGGAAAGAUCGAGCACCAUCUCGCUCAGGACGAGAUUACCGCUGAAGACCUGAACCCCACCAUCUACCGGGUUAAGAACGAGACGGUCUUCAGCAUUGAAAUCUCCGAGUACAGCAACGACAAGUGGGUGCCCUUCGAACUGCCCGCCGACGACGCCCUCCAGCUCGAAUUCACCAUGCUCUCCCCCUUCCACCGCCUGAAGCUGGAGCCUGCCUACCACACCGAGAACAGCACCGUCUUCCGCACCCAGUUCACCGUCCCCGAUCAGCACGGUAUUUUCUCGUUCCGUGUCAACUACAAGCGUCCCUUCCUUACCGCGAUCGAGGAGAAGCACGAGGUGACGGUGCGCCAUUUCGCCCAUGACGAGUUCCCCCGCAGCUGGAAGAUUAGCGGUGGGUGGGUCUGGAUCGCUGGAUUGUGGUCUGUCAUCGGUGGAUUCAUGGCCUUUGUGAUCGUGUGGCUGUACUCAGAGCCAGCCUCGGCCAAGGUCAAGAAGAACCAGUGAUGUAUUUUAUCUAGAUGUUCACGUCAAUGACAGUUUCCGUACAUUAUGUCUGUC